AUGAGUACUCGUGAGACGGUGCUGCUCGAUGGCGCGGACAACUCGCAGGGCAACUGUGCGGUGCAGCAGCCCCAGGAGGACACGUUUCUGAGGCUGCUCAAUAAUGGAGGGGCCCAGAGCGGAUUGACCAGCGAUGCGCAGCGCAACCCGAGAGGCGAUGAGGUCGAACUGAAGGACCUGAACGAGGUCGACAGGAGCGGCGUCGGUGUCGGAGAUGAUCCGCACAUAGGCGGUUUCUCACGAAGCUCCGGCAAUGCCCUUGAUGACAGCAAAGACAGGUACGAUGUCUACACGCCCGCUGGCGAGGGGGAGCGCCGCUCGGAAACGUCCACCUUACUGCGAAGUGACUGCAGCAGCUUCUGCUUUCAGCUUGGUGUAACGGUGAAACGGAUGCUCAUCCUGCAGUCCCGCAACCCCUUGUCGUGGGCGUGCGAGCUCAUCACGCCGAUUUUCUUUCUUGUCGGCUCCAUCAUCGUGUGGGCCGUCAUCAAGAAGGCCUUCGUCCCUGCCUCUGACUACUUCAGCGUGGCGGGAUUGUCGACGACGGAUAGGGUGAUGAUGCGGGCGGCGAGCAUGAUGUGCUACAACGCGACGCUCUCCGGCGGUGCCCCGAUCGGGAACUUACUAGAGUGUCGCGAGUUCCUUAAGCAGCCUUUAUUUCUGCCGUACCUGUUGUGCGCUGAGAACAACCUCGCCGGCCCCCCGGUUGGCCUCUGCGUUCUCCAGAGUUAUGCUUUCAGCUCGUAUGCAACGAUGCGCCGCUACGUGACACAUAACACGACCCGUGUGCCGUCCCUGGACGAGAUGAUCGCGCUGCAGUGGGCAUGGCGCCUCCUGUACCACUGGAGUGGUGUCUCGGUGGACCGUUUCCAGACGGUGGACUCCGCCAUGCUAUCCUCCGGCACCCUCUACUUUGCGCCGCAGUCCUCUGAGACGGAUGGGCUCGUCGAGUCCUUCCGCAGGACCUCCGUUUUUUUCCCGUACGUCUACGGUGGCACCUUCGCGACAGUGGCGGAGGCGGAGGCGAGGGUGCAGAACCGCACCUGGCGCGACCCGCCCAUCUGGGGCAUCGUUGAAGUGAGCAACUUGACGGCGGACAACUUCAACGUGGCCAUUCGCCUGAACUCCACGGCGCUGCCACGAACGAAAUGGAUAUUGGCACGCUACUACGUUGGUGGCGUGGCGAUGCAGGGGCCGGCCAUGUACAUCCUCUCCGGCUUCACAACGCUGCAGCAGGCGGUGUACAACUUCUUCCUGGGAGAUGUGGUCCGUACGGCAAGCACGCCGCAAAUGGUGGUGCUGAUGCUUCCCGCGCCGACACGCGGCUACGAGGAUGAUCCGUUUGUCGCUUACGGCGGGCGGUUUGUGCCCCUUAUCCUCGUGCUCGGCUUCCUGUACCCGGUGUCGCAGCUGACAAAGCGUAUUGUGCUGGAGAAGGAGCUGCGCUUGCGGGAGGCGAUGCUGAUCAUGGGGCUGUCUGAGGUGGUCAUGUACACGGCGUGGUUCUUGAUCUACGUGGUGCAGUACGCGGCCGUCUCGCUCAUCAUGGCGAUUCUGCUGCGGGCAGCGUACUUGGCGAAGUCGAACUUCGGCAUUGUCUUUUUCCUGCUCUUCGUUUUCUCACUUUCCAUCAUCACGUUGUCGGGGCUCAUGGCGGUGUUCUUCAACAGGGCGCGCCUGUCGGCGAUCCUGGCGCCGCUGAUUUACUUCGCCUUGGCGGCCCCGCUCUUUACGGUGCAGAACUUGCAGGGCCCCGCGCUGAUUGGCCUCUCUUUUCUCUCGCCAUCCGGCCUCGCUGUCGGCGUUACGAUCCUCUUCUCGCACGAGCUGAGCGGCGGCAUGGCGGGCUCCGACUUGACCUACUUCCGCGACUCGCCGAAAAUGCUUACGGUGAUGAUCAUCUUGUUUGUGGACUUCCUCAUCUACUUGGCGCUGAUGCUGUACCUGGACGCGGUCAUGCCGAAGCAGUGGGGUACGCGCAAGCACCCGCUCUUCUUCAUCGAGCCGGUGCGGUGGUGCUGCGGGUCGAGGGCGCGCGCGCUGGAUGGCGGUGCCGACGGGCGCGCCGAGGAUGGUGUGUUCGAGGAGAUUGCAGAAGGCGGCGCCGACUACGCGGUUUGCAUCAACGGGCUGCGCAAGGAGUACUCGCGCGGCGGAAAGACGUUCGUUGCGGUGAACAACCUGUACUGGGGGAUGCACGAGGGCGAGAUCUCUGUGCUGCUGGGGCACAACGGCGCCGGCAAGACGACGUUGCUGAACAUGAUGACGGGGAUGGUGGAGCCGGACGCGGGCGACUGCUACGUCUACGGCUACUCUGUCCGAAACGAGCUAGAGAGGGUGCGGCAGCAGAUCGGGUACUGCCCGCAGCACAACAUCCUGUGGCCGAACAUGACGUGCUACGAGCACCUUUGGUACUACGCUGCGUUGAAGGGCUUGCGGGGUGCUGCCCAGGAGGAGGCGAUCUCGCGCAUGCUCGCCGGCGUCGGCCUGCAGGAUAAGCGCGAUUACUGCUCAAAGAUGCUGUCGGGUGGGCAGAAGCGGAAGCUGUCGGUUGCGGUUGCGUUUGUUGGCGGCAGCCGUCUUGUGUUCCUCGACGAGCCGACUGCCGGGAUGGAUGUUGGCGCGCGGCGACACACGUGGACCCUGCUGCGUGCCAUGGCCAAGUACCACACCAUCCUUCUGACCACGCACUUCAUGGACGAGGCGGAUCUGCUGGGCGAUUCCGUUGCCAUCAUGAGCCAGGGCCGCCUGCAGUGCGCGGGCAGCAACAUGUUCCUGAAGGCCAGGCUCGGGGUUGGCUACGUGCUCACCCUCUCCGUCGUUGCCCAUGUUGAUCGGAUGACCAUUGCCGGCAUGGUGAGGGAGCACGUGCCGUCAGCGACGCGGCUCGGGUCCGGCGCGGGGGAGAUGGCCUUCCGGCUUCCCAUGAAGACCAAGGCAGCGUUCCCCACCCUGCUCGCCGAGAUCGAGAGCCGCGGCUCGCAGCUUGGCGUCAACGCCUACAGUGUCUCUGCCACGACGCUGGAGGAGAUUUUCAUUCAAAUUGCGCAGCAGGAGGAGGCCAAGGAGGAGAUGGAGCGGAAGCGGGAGCGUUUGACGGCGCCGUUCGCCGGGGAGACACGGGUGUGUGACUCGGCGUCUGUGGGCCCCUUUGAAAGCCACAUGAGCGCGCUGGGCGACAUCGGCACUGUGGAUGCUGGCUACCAGGGACCACCGCGGCCGUCGGAUGUGUGGAAUGUCGGCCUCAUUGCGAAUGAGCUCAGUGUCCUGCACAGCCAGUUGCUGGGCGAUUCCGUUGCCAUCAUGAGCCAGGGCCGCCUGCAGUGCGCGGGCAGCAACAUGUUCCUGAAGGCCAGGCUCGGGGUUGGCUACGUGCUCACCCUCUCCGUCGUUGCCCAUGUUGAUCGGAUGACCAUUGCCGGCAUGGUGAGGGAGCACGUGCCGUCAGCGACGCGGCUCGGGUCCGGCGCGGGGGAGAUGGCCUUCCGGCUUCCCAUGAAGACCAAGGCAGCGUUCCCCACCCUGCUCGCCGAGAUCGAGAGCCGCGGCUCGCAGCUUGGCGUCAACGCCUACAGUGUCUCUGCCACGACGCUGGAGGAGAUUUUCAUUCAAAUUGCGCAGCAGGAGGAGGCCAAGGAGGAGAUGGAGCGGAAGCGGGAGCGUUUGACGGCGCCGUUCGCCGGGGAGACACGGGUGUGUGACUCGGCGUCUGUGGGCCCCUUUGAAAGCCACAUGAGCGCGCUGGGCGACAUCGGCACUGUGGAUGCUGGCUACCAGGGACCACCGCGGCCGUCGGAUGUGUGGAAUGUCGGCCUCAUUGCGAAUGAGCUCAGUGUCCUGCACAGCCAGUUCAAGGCAAUGCUGUGGAAGCGGCUCUGGAACGCCUUGCGCGACCGCCGGACGCAAUUCUUCCAGAUUGUGUGCCCGAUGCUCUGUGUGCUGCUCGCAAUGCUGCUCAUGCUCAUCAAGUUAUUCCGGUACCCAGCCAUCACGCUCUCCAGCGACCUAUACGGCACAACGGUCGAGAUCGACGUGGCUGGAUGCGGGUCGGGGAUGAACUUGAGCAUACCGUUCUCGUCGAAAGCCGUUACGGUGCAGCCGCCAUCCGCGACGUCCACGGCGACGCUUUCCUCCUACAUGCUGGAAACGUACAACACUCACGUCGCGGAGCGGUACACCGGCAUGGUGUGCUUCGAAGCGGUGAAGUUUCCGAUGACGUUCAGGACGUUUAAUAGGUCAGUGUCGUCCGUGAUCUACAACACCUCGGGCCUGCACUCCAACGUGAUUGGGCUCUACAAUCUCUACAACGGCUACUACAUGGCGCACCGCGGCAAUAACGCCAGUGUGAUGACCACCGUCGUCCAAGCGAUUCCCAAGACGAAGACCGAGGUCGAAGUCCAGGACUCCAUCUACGCCCUUAUCAUCUCCAUCGUCAUCAUGAUCCCGUUCACGUUCAUUCCGUCCACGUUCGUGUCGUGGAUUGUCAAGGAGCGGGAGUGCAAGGCGCGACAUCUGCAGAACGUGUCGGGGCUCUACUUCUCCGUCUACUGGAUCACAAACUUCUUGUUUGACAUCUGCUGCUACGUGGUCACGAUGCUCCUCAUCCUCAUCGUCUUCGCUAUCUUCAGCCGCGAUGAGUACAUUGGCGAGAGGGCUGUCGGUGCCACCAUCGUGCUGUUCCUCCUCUACGGCCUCUCCGGCGUGGCCAUGGCGUACGCUGUGAGCUUCCUGUUCAAGGAGCACUCCACAGCUCAGAACGUCGUCAUGCUCGCCAACUUUAUCACCGGCUUCCUGCUGGUUAUCUGCGUCUCGAUGCUGUCUGUGUUCGAGUCGACAAAGAAGGUGGCUAAAGUCCUACCGUGGAUCUUCCGCAUUGUGCCGAGCUUCUGCGUCGGCGAAGGCAUCGGCAACCUCGCGGCACUGAAGUUAGAGGAGCCGUUCGGUACAACAAAGACACCGUGGUCCAUGUCCGUGGUAGGCUGGCCGUGCGUGUACAUGGCGGUCGGGUUGCCUUUGUACGUCUUUGUCACCCUCUUCUUAGAUCACCCCGGACGGCGGCAGCGGACGCAGCGGCUCUUCUACAACUCCAACGCGGAGCCGGAGGUUGUCCAGAACGAAGACGAGGACGUCGCGGCCGAGCGCAGAAGCGUGCUCGAGAGUGAGGCGCGGCAGAGAGACCUCGUACGCGUCGAGAACCUGAGCAAGGUGUACUCAAAUGGCAAGGUGGCGGUGCGCAACAUCACCUUCGGCGUCCGCCCCGGCGAGGUCUUCGGCUUCCUCGGCACGAGCGGCUCUGGUAAGACGACGACGAUUUCGAUACUUUGCCAGGAGAUUCACCCGACAGCUGGCCGCGCGUCCAUCUGCGGCAACGACAUCGUGAUGGAGAGCCGAGAAGCGCUGCGGUGCAUCGGGUACUGCCCGCAGUUCGACGCAUGCCUGGACCUGCUGACGGUGGAAGAGCACCUGGAGCUGUACGCGGGCGUGCGGGCCAUCUCGUACAACUGUCGCAAGCGCGUGGUGGAGGGGCUACUGGCCUUGUGCGAGCUGACGAACUACAAGCAUACCCUGGCGCACGCGCUUUCCGGUGUGAACCGGCGCAAGCUGUCUGUGGCCAUAUCCCUCAUUGGAGGGCCGCGCGUGGUCUUCCUGGACGAGCCGUCUGCCGGCAUGGACCCUGUGGCGCGGCGCGGGAUGUGGACCGCAAUUGAGGCCGUUGCCGACAACAGCACCGUUGUGCUGACGACACAAGACGUGGAGGAGGUGGAGGCGCUUGCGCAUCGCGUGGCGAUCAUGGUGGACGGCACCCUGCGCUGCAUCGGCGACAAGACUCACCUGAAGAACAAGUUCGGCACCGGCUUUGAGGUGAAUGUGCGCAUCCGUUCUGAUGAGGAGGAGGUGAAAGAGGAUAUCCGAAGCUUCUUCAGAGAGAACUUCCCGGGAUCCUCGCUGCGCGAGUACCGUGCGCACCGCCUCACCUUCGAGCUGCCCGCUGGCACGAAGCUGUCGAGGACAUUGGGGCUUAUGGAGGAGCACGUGUUGGCGGUGGGGGCGACGGGCUACAGCGUGUCGCAGACGUCGAUCGAGCAGGUCUUCAUGCAGAUCAGCGAGGAGGCAGAGCGGCAGCGCGAGGCUGAGGAGGUGGAACAGCUUUCCCGGGCGACGAAGGGCUGCUGCACGUGCUGCUGCUAG